AUGAGAAUCGUCGCUAUAACUGGGAGUACUGGGACUGGAAAAACAGCCUUGCUAAACCUCCUGGAAGCCAAGGGCUAUGCAACGAUCAACAGCGACAGUGUGGUUCGUGAAAUGCUGAAAGGCUCGGACAUAGAAGGUAUACGCCGAAGAUUCUUCACAGACCCGAAGUUCAGAGCAGCCCAUGAGAGAAGGGUGAGGCCAAGGAUAUACAUAGAAAUAGCCAAAAAAAUAGCAUAUUUACUCUUAAUGGGACAUCCAGUCAUAUUUAUAGAAAUUCCGCUGCUGUUUGAGCUGAAUCUCCAUCACUACUUCUACACAAUAGUGGUUACAUGCGAUGAGAGACUCCAGAUUAAAAGAGGGGGGAAGAUAGACUACUUGGAGCAGCGAUUGGCCCUCCAGCUUCCCAUAGCAAAGAAAAUAGAGCUGGCUCAGAAAGUUAUAUACAACAAUGGAAGUAUUAACGACUUAAUGGAUGAGGUUGACAGGAUUGACAUUUGCGGUUCGAACAUUUAUUAUUGCUUGCUAAUUAUGUCAAUCAUAGUCCUCUUGAUAACUUGUGAGUAG